AUGGCGGGGUCGGUGGCGUCCGCUGCCUGGCCGGUGCCCGAAGCUGCCACGGUCACCAAGUGGAAGAACAAUCACCUCUGGCUCUGUUUAUUGGCCUUGGGCUUCCAGCCGAAAUCCUACCGAGGCGUAAGACUAGGGAGGAAUAUGUUUGCUAAACCAAACAGCGCAGCAUUUUCUGCCGUUGCCUGCUUCUUGUUUACUAAGCUGGAUAAACGCCGAGCAAGACAAACUUUCAGGCUAUCUGGAUUUACUAAACUAUCAAGUCCUAGAUUUAGGAAGCACUGCUGGAUGUGGCUAAGAGAAAUUUCAAAGCUAAAGGAAGUAGGUCUUCCACAAAUUGCACAUUCCUCACUGAUUUGUCCUGCUGGUGCUAAGGCUGUUCACCUGAUUUACUGUUUUGCACGAUACGUGAUGAUUGAGGAGAUGAAAAAGCUCUCUCUAGGCACUGGUAUACCUUUUGCUGAAGCUGUAAUGCGGAGACCUAUGAAUAUGUACAUAACAAAAGCAAGACACAGAGUCGCAUACAAUAAACUGCUUCAAGUUCUUCAAUGGGAAAACUUUGUUUUUGAAUAUAGGGAAAAAGCACAGAUUUUAAUUAGAGAAAUACAACAGGCAAAGUCUGACUAUGAUAUUCUGUGGAUGCAGUCUUGCAGGAUGAAACAAAAUGACCAAAACAAAAAUGACACAACUGAGAGAAUUCAGAAGGUCCGCAGUAUGUGGACACUUACAGUGGAAAUGCUUACAUCUCUGAAAAAGGAAAAGGAAGCUGUGGAUUCUGUCCUUGAAGACUGUUUUAAUCCAUGUAUUUUAGAUGGAACCGAUGUUGUUUUGCGUGUACCACAGUUGUUGAGUUACACAGUUGAAACUAAUAAAUAUGGUUUUUGUACAGGAUAUUUAUAUGAAGAUGGAAAACUGAAUUUCCUAACAGUUAUUCAGUUGCUAAAUGAAGCCCUGAUGACAUUGAGAGAUGAACAUUGUCUGUGUGAAUUAAAAACACUUCACAGAGUUGAGGACUUAGUUGCAUUCUGCAAGAAAGUACAGGAAUUGAACACAAAAAGGUAAUUCAGAAAGCAACAGCAUUGUGAACCAAACCUUGAGUCGAUUUCCAGUGAAGAGGAAAUCUGGGAAUCGAAAUGGAGAAUGGUUCUUGGCCAGAGUCCUUUAAAUUUAGUCUUUAAAGAUGAUCAAGUAACUUCAUCACUCCAGUUGUUUAGUUCUUCAGACGAAGAUGAGGACACUACCUUUUGUCAGUCAUUUUCAGAUGAUUAUGAGUCUUAUGAAGCGUGCCAUGGGAAGAAUGAUGGAACUUUGGAUACCACCAAGGAUACACCAUUAGUAGUCUCAAAAUGUGACUUCGUAUAUCAUGGAGGUUUGUCUGCUUCUAAGGCUGUAGAUAGUGACUUGCUCUCUUCCUUCUUGCGUUGCUCAUCAAUACCGUUGUCAUCAGAAGCAUCUGAAAAUGGAGACCUGUUAAUUGAAAAUAACUUGCAUACUUGUGUGGGAAAUAACAAACCUGUGCCCCCAAAAAUCUUAAAAAAUGGAAAGGAAGAAUUCCCCUCUUCAGAAAUGGAGGAGAAUGCAGGUGAAAAUGUUACCCAGCCAAAGUUUCCUGUGAAAAAAGAUGACCUUCUUGAAAAAGCCAGAGAUGAACUGGCAGAAGAGAUUGCAAAGUCAGUGUGUGAGUCAACUGACAGUGAUGAAGAAAAAGGAAUGGCGUUAGAUGAUCUCAUUAUCUCACUGUCUUUUAACCCAUUUUUAACGGGGAAACAACUGCCCCGAACUCCAGAAAAUCUGCUUACUGAAACUAGAAGUUCAUGGAGAAAAGGUAUUCAGACUGAGGGCUCAUUAGACCUAGAGCUGGCCUCAACUGAAGUGGUGACAGAAGAGUCUUCGAUGAAUGCUCCACCCAGUAUGCAGGAGGAGGUGGACUCUACUUCUGUGUGCUCUGAACAUGCAUCUCCUGUUUCUGACUUGAGUCCUCCUGUAUCACAAAAUAAGUCUCAAUUAAGUUCUACAGAAUCUAGUUCUCAGGAGCAGGUGACCAUAAGUCAUACAUUUGAGUCUUCAGAUUCAAAAACAUCUGGAGUUCAAGAAAAUGAGAGAACUGACUCAGAGGAACUAGAUUGUUCUGCUUGGAGUGGAAGUUCUGUAGAAGAUCUAAGCCAGACUUUGCAAAAUUUAAAUAUGAGCAUGAAUACUCUAGAUACUUGUUUGAAAAGUGGUAGUAGAACAAACAUGCUACCUUCAGACCACUGUCGCAGUUUUCUAAUGAAUGAGAUGCUAUGCCAGAAUGUAUCUACGUUAAAUUUUGUUAGUCAUGAAACUACUGACGUGGAGAUACUGAAUGAGACACUUCCAGAAUAUGAUACUGAUCUCAGCAUAUCUGCAGGCUCAGGCUCCAUUUUUUUUGGAAUGAACAGUGAAAAUUCAAUGGAUGACUCAGAAAAUGAUGAGGAUAUUAAAAAAUUGGACCUAGAUAUACAGUGUCUGUCCAACUCACAUGAAGUGCUAAAAAAGACUGCAUCUGAAAGUGAAGAGGAGCUGCAUCAAACACAUAAUGGAGACAAAUGUGGAAGUUGUAGAGCUGAACUAACUGUGAUACCAGAAGGAGAAGAAAAUUGUGAUGAUCCUUUGAUAGAUAAGACGCCAUUAGCAAGCUCUAAUGAAAGCAAAUAUUCCCUAUCACCUUUGCUGGUAUCCUGUCAACAGAUGGAUGGUAUAUGAAGUCCCAUUAGACUUAGUACAUAAAUUGAAGGAGAAGAACAGUUGUGUUAGAAGCUCGGCAUGAAGGAACCUUCAUCAGGAUGGAAUUUGUAAAGCAGCAGUGUAACUGUAGCAGUACAUUUAUGAUUCACUUGAGCAUGUAGCAUCUUCUUCAAUAAUUGUCUGGAUUGGGAAGUUGCACUCCUUUUGGUGGAGACUGUUCCAGUCUCCUUUUUUAAAAGUGUCACUUGCCUGCUCUGGAACUGCCUAUUUCAUAUCAUCCACUGUGGCUUUCUAUGUACAGCCCAUCAUUUAUAUAAAGAACUAUAUUUUGUUUUUCAAGCAUAUUUUAAACAGUAGAUGUUGAAUAAAUGGCAUAACCCUUGAAAAUGGAAAAAUGAAAUGUCAAAGGAGAAACAGUGAAAUCUGUUAAUUUGCUCCUAAUCCACAUCUUAUACGCCAUCCUAACCCUCAACCCAACAAAUUGAAAUACUACUUGGUGCUCUACAUUCCAUUGCAUUCAUCUCCCUUACUGAGACUUCAGAUAUUGCCAUCAAUUCUACCUGUUGAUAGAUGCUGUUUGCUUUUUCUAAAGUUUGCUGGAGUGCUUAAUUCUUUAGCUGUAUUACCUAAUAAAUGCUUUACACUGAAGUUAUAAAAAUUAAUUGCUUGUGGUAGUGUUAAUGCUGCUUGAUUUUAAUAACUGAUGUGCACUUAUGUUGUGAUGUAAGAGGGAAUGUUAUAAAUGAGUUAAUAU